GCUUACAAACCAGAAUUAGAAUGACGUACAUUGUCUUAUCAUAGAUACGGUAUCUAUCACUGCUUAUCAUUCAUCGAUCGCUUACCCAAAGUUGUAACUACAAAUUUAAACGACCAUCUUUGACGCGAAUUUGAUUCAGCCACAGAAACCACCGGUUUAAUGGAUGCACAUGUUGGUCAGAGCAGAAGCGAGAUUUCUGGUGAAAGACCUGGCAGACGACAAAAGAGAAGGAGCACAGAACGUCGGACUGCUAACGAAGACGAGAAUGGUGCAAUUCCCGAAGUCGUCAUAGCCUCUAGUUCAGCAGGGAGUCCGUCUAAUGGCGAAUGGCCUAGCGAAGAAGAAGAAGAGCUAAAAUAUGGGGCAAAACAUGUCAUUAAGUUAUUUGUCCCGGUUUCACUAUGCAUGUUGGUUGUCGUUGCUACCAUCAGUUUUGUCAACUUCUACACAAUCAAGGAUUUAUACUUGCUUUAUACCCCAUUUCAUGAAGAUAGUCCUCAUGCGAGUACCAAAGCAUGGAAUGCUGUUGCAAACUCUUUAAUAUUGAUGGCUGUUAUUGUGGUGAUGACAGUUCUUCUGAUUGUUCUAUACAAGAAUCGUUGUUACAAGGUCAUACAUGGAUGGUUGAUAGUGUCUUCAUUAAUGCUGCUGUUCAUUUUUUCAUACAUUUAUCUUGAGGAAGUUCUUAGAGCUUUCAAUGUGCCAAUGGAUUACAUUACCCUUGUUUUCCUUAUGUGGAACUUUGGUGUUGUUGGGAUGAUAUGCAUCCACUGGCGAGGUCCUCUGCGUCUUCAGCAAGCAUAUCUCAUAUUUGUUGCUGCUCUUAUGGCACUGGUGUUCAUCAAAUACCUACCGGAGUGGACAACUUGGGUUGUAUUGGCAGUAAUUUCAAUCUGGGAUCUGGUAGCAGUUUUGAGCCCAAAAGGACCACUUCGCAUACUGGUUGAAACAGCACAAGAGAGAAAUGAGCAAAUUUUUCCUGCACUGAUUUACUCUUCAACCAUACUGUACAGCUAUGUGGGUGUUGCUGAUGGCGGAGAUGCUCAGGAACCUACAACUCACCAGCCUCAGCAACAGCAACAGCGGACAUCUUCAAGUGAUAAAUCUAAUUUACCAAACAGACGGAGACAAGCAACACCUGAGGGAAAUGACUCAGCUGAUGGUUUUUCAAGAGAGUGGGCUGAAACGAGAGAGCAGCGAAUCCAGCAAAGGCAACGUGAAAUGAGAGAAACGUCAGGAGGGAGAAUACCAGACUACCAAGCCAUAACACAACCUGCUGACACUCAACAAGAAUCUGCAGAAGAGGAGGAGCGAGGUGUUAAGCUGGGCUUAGGAGACUUCAUUUUCUACAGUGUUCUUGUUGGGAAAGCUUCAUCAUAUGGAGACUGGAAUACAACACUUGCUUGUUUUGUCGCAAUUCUCAUUGGCCUCUGUCUCACAUUGUUGCUGCUUGCAAUUUUCAAGAAGGCAUUGCCUGCUCUUCCAAUUUCUAUUACAUUUGGUCUAGUUUUUUAUUUUACAACACGUGAAAUUGUCAAACCAUUUGCUGAUAGUCUGGCCAGUGAGCAGGUGUUUAUUUAGUCCACAGGUCUUUACCAUGUUCACCUCUUUAAGUAAUUGUUUGGCUGUGGUCCGACAGAUGCUGAAAGCAGCUUGAGAGUGUUGCUUACUUGGAUGGAACCUCUGUCACCAGACCAUGCAAACUGAUCUAUAGUCUGUGAUAAUGAAACUGUUGCAUUCACUUGUCUUUGUUACCAUAAUUUUUGGCAGCUUGAUAUAUCUGAAACUCAGUAGCUAGAGAUGGGACUUACAUAUGUAUAUUACAACAUGCAACAAUUUUUUAUACUUCAUUUGCUAACUUAUACUAAAGCCAAAUAUAAAUAAAAUUUUAAAGUUGAAAAAUAGAUCAAAUAUUAUAUGUAACUUUAGUAACUAAUUGAUAUUGAUCCUCAAGUAUCAUAGCUGAUCAAAACAUCAUGAAGAACAGUUGUUUAGUAUUUUUCUUUUGUGUAAUUAUGAAGUGUGAAUGAAAUUCUUGGACUCUGACGUGUACGUUAUUUUGAAUGGAUGUGUUCAUUAACAAAUAUAACCUCAUGAAUAAAUGUUACAUUAAGUUACUUAAAAAUUUUCUGUUAAGGUACGGCCACUUUAUAAUUAGGCCUACCUGUUUUACAUGCAGCUUAUACUGCAGUAUUUGAUGAAAGAUAAUGGAUAAGUUAAAUUCUGUCCAGACACUUAUUGAAGUGAAAAAAGAAACUAAAAAGCACAUAAAAGAUGUGUAAAGUCUUUAGAUAAAUUGUUUGUUGUUUGGGAUGGACACCACAUGGAAAAGUUGACAAUAUCAAGGUUUCAAAGUGAGUGGUCGCCUCUUAUGGUUCAGAGAGCAGACAAAAAUCUAUGAAAAUAAAAAGAAAAUCUACUCAGAAAUAUAAUUUUUUCGGCAUUAUGGAAAAGAGACAUGGGAUGAAAUAGGUUUAAUUGGUGAAACAUUACAAACAAAAUUCAAAUUGCUGUGACACUGAAUGACAAAUUUUCCUAUGUGCUUUCCAUUUCUUUAAAUUUCUUCUGUCCUGUUUAGUUCAGUAUUUAUCUACUCAGGAACCAGGACUUUUGCCUGGUGCCCUGUGCAGUCCCCACUCUCCUCCCACCUCUCAAGACCAUAUUUUUAAUUAAAAUAUAAAAGACACUGCCAGUUUCUUGAUGUGGCUAUUACCCUCAACAUCAGUUAAUUAGUUAGUUGUGGAGUUAAAAUGUCUACUUGUAGUAUAAUAUUUAUUGGAAGAAUCACUGACAAGGAGACCUCGUGCCAAUCGGAUUUUCCUAACUUUUUAUAUUUGUGGUACAUGAAGUUCAGAACUCAAAUAUCAAUUUGCCAAAGCAGUUCAGUGUGCAACCCCCCC